GGCCGAAGGGGUUUUCUGACGCUGCGGUCAUGGUUGCGGCGCGUGAUGCGGCGUGCGGGAUCGCAACGCUGUUCGUAUUGGUGUUUGUCGGGUCGCUGGCUGUGCAAGUGGCCCUCAAUGUCCUGAUCCACAAACUCGAACGAUUGUUCACUGGCAUCUCGAUCGACCCGACGAUGACAGCGACCAUUCGCAUGCAUCCCGUCCGCAUCAAGCUAUGGGGACGCUUUGUCAAGUUCUUCCAAGCGCCACGUCAAGAAAACGUCGUGUCCAUCGUGCUGUCGAGUGUUGAAGUCCACGUGACCAAACACCACGCCACAUCGUCGCAUGCCGAGUUGGGACCACCCAAACCACCAUUGGAUCUUGUUGGCCUUGCCAAAUUGGCAUCUUCGGACCAUCCGCUUUGGGCUCAAGUGCUUCCCAUUGUCCAUCGCUUCGCCUUUCUCGUUCGAUUCGUCCACCUUGUCAAGGUGUCCAUCGCAAACGUCUCCAUCGAACUUCACGACGGCCACAACGAGAAAGUCGGCGCCGUGACGGAUGCAAGUGUCGAUUUUCAAGCGUCCGUCGACCCCGGCACACACAACCUCGUCGUGUCGGUACACGUUUCCCGCGAUCGGCCCAUGUCGAUAUCUGCUCCUGCCGCAGGCAUCCACGUGAAUGUUGACGGCAUUGCACUUCAUGUGACCAUUCCAGUGCCUCCGAACCGCCACGAUCGCCGCCUUCCACUCCCGUCGGCCGUGGCCAUCUCCUGCGGCUCUGCACACGUUUCGGUCGAUGCGCCGUCGUUCGCGGACGCUUUCUUACAUUCGUCUGUCGAUGCUAACGCCAACUCUUCGGCAUCGCAAGCGUCAGAGGUAUCGACGGCCCCGAUCGCCGUCGACGCUGUCCUUGGGCUCUUGGUGCUGCUGCCUUCGACCAUAUCCUUGUCAUGGCGGUCCGUCACCGCCGCUAUCGCCCAUCCUUCGUGUCCGACAUGUUGUGCCGAGCUACUCAACCUGGCGGCGAUUUACACCAACACGUCUCCUAGCCACGGCGUCGCCGUCGACGUGCAAACGAUGUCGAUCCAGUUGUGCCGUUCAAAGGACGCCAAGCAAUGCGUUGUUCAAGUUGGUCCACUGACGGGGUCGCUGGACGCCACCCAACGGGUGACCACCGUCGCUUUGAGAGCGUUUGCAGAGCUCAAGCGUGCUCACGUUGCCUUUUCCGACUGGAUCGAGCCAUGGAUCUCGUUUGCAUGGGCUGUGGACGUACCGUCGCCGACGCCGCGGUCGGUCCGAUCCACACCUACCAUCGUUUCGUCGUUGGAAGUGCAUGGCAAGGUGACGAAUGUGUCGAUUCUCCUGGUGCCGCGGUCAGCGGUGGACGCGGACGACCCGUCUCGGCACUGCCCACCACUCGAGAUUCGCGUGGAUGACAUUUCCGCGAGCUCGUUGCCGCAGGAUUCGCUUAACGUGCGGUCGUGCGCCGAGCUGCGCCUGAGCCGCGUCAGUGUCCGAGUUGUCUGUCCAGACAGCAGCGCGACGUCGUCGGCGGUGACGCUCGACUACAUGCGGCUGUUUUUGUUUCCGUCGGCAUCCAUUCUCAACAGUAGCUGCGACGAUCCUGCCGAGAUUGAACUGGAAGGCGAGUGGCUCGAAGUGCAAUACUCGCCGCAGCUGCUUCACGCGCUCGGGGGCGUCGCCCACGUCGUCCUGUUUACGUGUCGCGCGCCGUUGACUCGCGUGUUUGCUCUGCCAAAGGCCAGGGAAGCAACGCCCGCCGUGCCGCCGCAGCGGUCCCUGGACGACAUGUUCAGGAAGGAGCCUGUAUACCCCCGUGUGAAGUUUCAAGGCCUCGUCAAGCGCAUCGUGGCAUCGUUUCCUGUAGCUUUGACGGCACACGCGGCGCCGACCAUGGAGCAGGUCAGCGUCGACAGCUGGACGAUCGACACGGACGCGACGUCCGCGCGGUUCCGUGUGCGCAUGCAACAGAUCAAGGUCGGCCAGCGGACAAGGGUCAAGCUCAAGCCGUACUUGGUGGUGGGCCACUUUGCCGUCGAAGAGACGCCAGUCGGCGCGUCGGCGGUCGUGGAUUUGUACGGCGAAAACGUCGCCGCGACGUGGGACGUGUUGUCGCAAAUUCGUGUCCUCAAGGUAGUCCAAGACGUGACCGCCGCCGUGUACCGCAUGCUGUUUCAGGUAUUCCAUAGCUACACGUUGCAUGUGGCGCCGCCGCAUUCCAAGUUUAGAGCAUUUGCGGGUGGUGUGAACCCGAGCAUGGACGACAUGGCCGCGUACACGGCGAUGGUGGCGCACUUGCAAGCGUCGAUCAGUUCGUCCGGCGACAAAUUGCAUCGCUUGUUGAUACACAACGUUGCGAUCUCGGCCCCAGCCUUGCAACUGGACGUGGCGGUCGGCGUGUUUGGAGGCAGCGACCUGCCCAACUUGUGGAACUUUGCCAGCAUUCAAGUGGCAUGGCGCACCGACCCGGUCGUGUCCGCGGCAAGUGUAUUUGUCCGUCGCACGGUCGGCUCCAGGAUGGAUCAUGUGUUUGGCGAGUACGAAGCCCUUCUCCGGCAGCGGCAAAAGGUGCUGGAAGUGGACUACCCAUCGCCGCUAUCGGAAGCGCCGGAAGAGACGCUGUGUGUGUCGUUGAGUCAGCUGCGUGUCGUGAUUCCGUACGCAUGCCUGGAGCGCAUCGCGGCCGUCGCAGCCCUCGUCCAGACACAACUGGCAACGCUCGCGACAAUUCUGGCACAGACCAUGUCCGCGUUUUGGCGACCCCUGCAACAGAACCCGCAUUUCUUCCGCUACUUUCUCAAACCCCCGCGACCUUCCAACCCCAAGAUCGUCCUGGACGUUCGACAAGUGGAAGUCGCAUGGAUCGAUGAUCCCAUGGAAGGGUGGCUGGAACAAGUGGCUCCCAUCUGGAUGAGCACGCUCGUCGAGCAAGAAGGCCGCCGCCAGAUCCUGAAUGACCAAUGGACGGCCCUCCAGGCCACGAAUCCGGACCCUGCCGCAACCACCGCUUGGUUCGAAUCGAAGCAGGACGAGCUUGCCCAAACGAUCGCGGCGAGUUACAUUCGCCGAUGCCAGCAAAUCCAAUCAUCUCGACAACCCACGACGACGCGACUAACAGUCAUGUUGAGCCAUAUUCAUGGGUGGGUGCACCCCAUCGUGGACCAUGUCCAGCUCAUCCGCCGCAUGAAGCAAGUCGACCCGGACACGCACGCGUUGCUGCAGCAGCCGCACUGCGUUCGCCCAUGUUUCGAUCUGCUCGCGGGGGUGUCGCUGCAUGUGACGGUCGACACGGUGCACGUCCAGGUGCGUGGCCCGCAGUCCAGUCCUCCGCCCCUACGCGUCGACCAAGUCGCUGUCAAAGGCGACGUCAUCGUUGGCCAGCCGACGUCGACGCCUGCAUUUCAAGCGUCGCAGCGGAUCGAGUUACCCGAGUUCCAACACCUCCAAGUUACGGCGUCCACCAUUCCCGUCAAAGUUUUCCACGAUGUAGAGAUCACCGUCGUGGGUGCUGCCGUGUCGUAUAGCCCGCUCUUGCACCCGUCGUUGGUUGGGCUUGCGCUGGAUGCGCAGCAGUGCCUGCCGUUCGUCCUGCCUGCCUUGGAAUUGCGUACGUCGCCGUACUGGGACAUUCUACGCCGUCUCGUCCAUGGCAGAGCCACCGUCCGCUGCCGAGACACGACGGUUCGUCUGACUUCCCAGGACGCGGGUGAGUUCAUCCUGGUGACAGUGCACACCGUGGAUGCUGCGUACACCAAAGGCGCUGUCCGUGUGGAUGUCGAGAGAGUGCAGUGCAAAAUCGAACCCCAUGGCGUCGGCACGAUCUUGCAAGUGCCCAAACUGUCGAUGGCCAUCGCUCUGUCGUGGGGAGAAGACGGUGUCCCAGCUUCCCACUACGUCUACCCUGUAAAGUUUUCAUUCUUGGAUGCCAACCAAGCCGUCCAAGUGCACAUCCAGGACCCUCCCGCUGCCGCCACCAAUCCGAGCAAACUGUCCGUCGCGGUGCAGCUGACUGUUGGGACCAACGAACGCAAGGACACAACGUCGGUCGUCGUGUACGGCAGCACCGUUGCGUGGCUCCUCGAGUUUGGACAAUGGUACAUGCACAAGUUGUCGAUUCCACCAGUGUCGGCAAGGCAACGGCGGCGUGGCAUGCCGCCCGUCGAUCGUGCGGUGCGCUUGGCGGAUUUGGCCCACCACAUGCAUCGCCUCGUCGUCGAAUCUGUCCAAGUCGAGCAUGGCAUCGACCUUGUCGUGUACCAUAGCGACAGCAGCCCCAUCGGCGUCCGUGUACUGGUGAAGGACGUCUUUGCAUCGCUCGCAAUGUCGUACGGCAUCGUCCGCUCGCUCUCGGACUGCUUUGACCAUCACAUGGUGGCGGUCGACCCAACGCACUGCGACUGGGCAAUCCACGACGUCGUGGCCAACGUCCAGGAGAUUCAACUGCGCGUGUGCACGGUCAAGAGCGGCAGCCGUGGCGUCGCCUUUGUCAUGCUGCAUCAAUCGUACGCCGUCAUGGAGCCGUCUCGAACGAUUCCGCCGUGGGAUGACAAAGCCAAGACGAUCCGAGAGCAGUUCCAUGCGAUCCCGAUGGAAUUUGAAGCAAGUGGCGACGAUGGCCGCGAAGGUGCCGACACGUCGCGACCGGUGGAAGCCAAGAGCAUCUUGGAGCAUUUUGAUAUCAAGGACGACGUGCACUUGCUCAAGCAACACGCACCCCCGCCGCCGCCACCGCCAUCGUCAACUCCCGCCAAGGACAAAUGCAUGCCGAGGCGACUGUCCACACCGCGUCCUCCAUCCACGAUGAAAUCGGAUGCAGCUCCCCAGUCCCCCGAAUUGGGAUGUUUGUGUUAUGUCCUCGUUCAUCAGCCACGAAUCUUGUUGACGCUGGAUACGAUCGAAGCGUUGGUCGAGAUCGCGCUCGAGUGGUGGGAAUUCCUUCAAGCACAGGUCCCGUCCUUGUCAGACAUCCCGGUCGCCGUGGUCCGAGAAGUCGAAGCUACGUUGGCUGUCCCAGCGGCACCAGUCGACGAAGCCAACAAAGCCCCGACGAGUCACUUGGAGCACAUGCUCGUGCACUCGCCAGUGCCCAAAGUUCGCGUGAGCUCAACGCAUGACCUCAGCGCUCAGCUGCGCGCGGCCGACGAACAUGCACCGGCUGACGCCGUCCACGCACCGACGGCCGUCAUCCAGACGCUGCUUCGCAUCAAGGUGUUGGACUUCCAGCUGGCCGUCCAAGACACGGCCCACAAGGGCUCGCUGCUGAUUGCGAUUCCGUCGGGGUGUGUCGAGCCAGCAGUCGACCUCGAACACAAGUCGGAGCACGUCGACGUGUCCGUGACCGGCGUGUACCUCUAUACGUCGUCGCUGGAGGUGGAUGUGCGAACCCACCACUGGCUCAAACCCGAUGCGGACGCAUACUCGAAAGCGUCGACGAUGGUGUGGAAGCAGGUGCUCCAGGCGUCGGCCAUCGACGGCGCCAUUGCCAUCACGCACGACGUCCCCAAGCUCCACGAAGUCGACGUCCACAUGGCUCGGAUCCAAGUCAUGGUCGAUGUCGAGUGCAAGCAGAUCUUGCUUGACAUGGGCACGCUGUUUGCCGCUCGAAUUCUCGACAAGCGUGAAAAGCACAAGGCAGCUGCAGACUGCCACCAGCGACCGCCACCGCGCGCCGACUCGAGUGAUGCGCUUCUAGCGUCCACGGCACCAGAAGCGCGGUCGUCCGAUGUCGUGGCCAUGCUGCCCCAGCUCUGGCACAAACGGCGAGCGCUAGGAUGGACCAUGACGGCGCUGCGAUACCAGGAAUCGUGUCGCGUUGGGGUGUUGCCGUGUGAGCAGCCUGUCCAAGACAACGUCCAAGCGUAUCGGCGGUGGCUGCCGACGCGGCAGACAGCGCCACCAGCCGUGGGUCCGUCGGCGGCACAUGCCAACUUGAUGUCGUUGGCCCGUGAAGUCGCCGUUCUGUCCGUGGAAAUCAAUUGUGCAUUUGCAGAAUACAAAAAGCAUAAGCAGGUGCAUCCAACCGUGGACCUUCAGUUCGACCUGGAAGCGGCGUCGGUGCUGGUGAAAGGCACGACGUUCGACUUGUUGCGGGUCGAAACGUACGGCGUCGAGUGCAGUUUGUCGCAGUUUGAGGACCAGAGCGGGACGCUGUCGAUCACGAUUCACGCGUUGUCGGCUGUGAACUUGAUGCCGCAGACGCCGCUCCCCGACUUGAUUGUGCCCGUGGACAGGAAACCCGCCGAAUUUGUCGAUGCAGGCGGGAUUGUUCGUGUGGACGCCGAGAUGGCCGCGCCGGUCGCGGACCAACCCGUCGUCCAGCACUUUGAAGUGAACGUUUUGCCGCUGCAAGUGUGCAUCACGUACGAGCUCAUCUUGCAGCUGUACGCGUUCGCCACGACGCCGGCGCCGCACCUUGACAAGCAGGAAGAGAAGGUGCGCAGUCAGUUCUUGCAGUACACGGCCAAGAGCAGCAAGAAGGUCGCGCGGCUGUCCCAUGCGGGCGGGGACUCGGCAUGCGCUGGUCACGUGGAUGACGCUGACGUGGUCGCGACCAAGGAAGCCGAGUCGCCGACGCACCCCGACCACCGCCCGCCGAUGCAGUCGACCGCCACCAACCUCGUGACGUUCAAGCACAUUCGACUUGGCACGAUCUUGGUGCUUCUCACGUACAAGAGCGGCAAGGCGACGGGCGGCGCGGUCAUGCUGCCACAGCACUUGGAAGAAAUGCGCGGAUUUGAACUCAAGCUGCACUCGCUCGUGUACACAGACAAGACGUGCACGGUGUCGGACUUGGUACUGCGCGUGCGGCGGGACAUUUUGCUCGACGUGCUGAGCCAAGUGGGCCGCAACUUUAACAAUAUCGGGGUGUUUCUGAAAGAACGGCUCGACAUUUCGAGGUGGGCCGGGUUCGAACUCAACAACCCGCUCAAGAGCCUCAGCAUGAGUUCCGGCGUCCGCGAGUCGGACGGUCCGUCGCCUCCGUCGCCGCUCGCCAAGACGAGCGAGGUGUUUUCCCUCGAGCUCAAGCCCGAAAAGAGCGCAAACCCGAUCAAGAAGGCCAAGUCGCGCUUUAGGUUUUUCCGAAUGAAGAAAAAAGACAAGCGGGCCGAGAUCUUGGCCGCCGAAGUGUGCGAAAAGGAUGACGACGAGUAGUGUAAUGGCAUGUUGCGAUGUGCAUCUAUGCAAACGUCGUCAUGGGGAGAUAGAACGGUUGGGAAACAACAACGUCGACAAU